UAAAAGCGUCAAAUCGUCAUUUUAAUAAAUAUUCCACGUUUUUAUUUGCUUGUUCACUAAUUCAGCUGAUAAAAUAUUACAAUGCUAAAUUCUUAAGUAAAACGGAGCAAAUCAAAUUUUGCAAAAUAGUAGUUAAUGUCGGUUGUGUCCAACUAAAACUAACCAAAAAUGGCAAGGUCGCCAAAGGAUGACCCAAGAUACAAUGACAACACUUGGAACUAUGCAGCGGAAGCCGCAAAGCAAUGCACACCUGGCGGUUUAAAUGAGAGAAAACCGCCUCAAAUACCCACGAACACCGCUCCCAUGAACGACAACAACAUGUAUUCCAACACAAACUUUAGCAACGAUAUUUUUGUGAACAAAAUUCCUUUCAAUGUGCAACCACGAGAAACUAUGCCGAAUGCCGACGAGAAACUGCCUUUCAACAACAUGCAGCCGAUUCCUCCGGUCAAUCGCCAGAAUUACGGGAACGCAGUCCUCCGUUUGAGCAAUGGACAAGCUGUGAGAGUGUUCUAUGAUGAAAACAAUCAACAACUCAUAUUCCCGAUGUCUAGUCAGUAUGAACUAUUUAGUCACAAUCAGGGGCCUCUCGAUAUGCCCCUGCAAUCGUCCCAAACAUCACACUUGUUCACUUUAAACCAAGAUUAUCCUUCCAAUAAUAAUGUUCACAUACCAUCCAACACUCCUCCACCGAACUAUGGUCAAGAGAACGUUAACCAACCCAACACAUUGACGACUGACUUCUUGAAAGUCCUGAGAGACAACUGGGAGCCGAACUCGACAGGUACAUACUCACCGUUCGGCCAGAACCAUCCCUUGAACCACCCUGACUCUCCUUCAUUGAACCUACCGAACAACUUAUUGUUAGACAACAAACCUCAGCCUAUAAAACCUGAGAACUCUCCAAAAAGAAAUGAAAACGGUCCUUUAGCUGACACAAGCAACAAGAAGCGCAUUGUUGCUGAAGUAAAGCCAAUGAGACCCUCUUACUCAGAUGUUCUGGUGAAAAACACGAAAAACAAUACUCAGGCUGAAGCUGUGCGUAAAACGAAACCUCAAAAUGUUGAAACUAAGCCCUCUAAUGUCAAAGCCAACUCCAAACUUGACAAGCCACUGACCAACACCAAGCAUGGUGAUGAAAACAAACUCAAAAGUGAGAAAAAGCAUCAAUCUACCAUAUCUUCUGGUAGUGAGUCUGGUGAUGUGAACACAGAUGAUGCAGAGAAACCGCAAAAGCCAUCGAAAAAGUCUAAAAACAAACGUAGCAACAUCUCCCGCAAGUGGUCUUCAUUGGAUGACAUCACCAACGAAGAAGACGGAAACUAUGAACAUGGGAAUGAAAGCCAAUUUGUGUUCAUUGAAAAUCAGGAAAAGCCAUCGAAGAAGGAAAAGAAAAAUGAUAAAAAAACUAAAGCUGACAAGAAUGUCAUGGACAGUGACUUUAAAAUUGAAGAGGAUGAGCAAUCGCAAUUUGUUUUCCAGGAGAGUCCGACUGACCCUGCUAAAAUCAAGAAGAAAAAGGAUGCUCGGAACUACCACAAGGCUAGUAAGCCAGUGCAGGACAAAAAGAAAGCGACUCAGUCGAAAGUGAGACGGAAUAAGCCAGGCUACUUGGGUCUAGCUCAGAACUAUUUAGAACAUUGGGGCGGAGCAACCUGGAAGGCUUUGGUGUGGUUUGCUUAUCUAAUAUCGGACAUUUGUGGAAUGAGUCUACACUUGCUGUUCGAUCUUUGCACAUCAGCCUUCACGCAGACGUAUGUGAGCUCGCAAGCAGUAUGGAGGUCCACCAAGGAUUAUGUAUACAAGAUGAGAGACAACAAGUACUUGCUGUACAUAGAUAGAAAAUUUGGACACACGCGCUUCGGGUUUUGGAGGAAAUUGAAGUGGUUUAAAAAAGAAGUUGAGCCUGACACAGGGAAUGAUUCAACGAAACUGAACGCCAAUAUACCGUUGCCAGCUACCGGGGAAGAGGCGAUGAAGAGGCUGCUUGCGUGCAAAGGAAAGGACCCUUACAGUAUUCUAGGCGUGAGCGUCCACUGCACCGACGAGGAGAUCAAGCGGUACUACCGGCGGCAGGCCUUCCUGGUGCACCCCGACAAGAACCAGCAGCCGGGCGCCGAGGAGGCCUUCAAGAUCCUGCAGCACGCCUUCGACCUCAUCGGGGAGCCGGAACGAAGGGAAGCGUACGAGAGACGCGCAUUAGAAUCGCGACACGUGGAAGCGGCGUGGAGCGAGCUCAGUCAACUGUUGGCCCAGCUUCAUGACAAAAUGGAGUUUGCUGCCAACACUAUAAGAUGCACUAAUUGCGGGCGGCGGCACAAGCGCGUGGCGACGGAUCGGCCGUGCUACGCCGCUCGCUACUGCUCUCAGUGCAAAAUCCGACACUCCGCUAAAGAGGGCGACAUCUGGGCGGAGUCGAGCAUGCUGGGGCUGCUGGUGAUGUACUACGCCUGCAUGGACGGCGCCGUCUACCAGAUCACGCAGUGGGCCAGCUGCCAGAAAAAGAACCUAAAACAGUUGCGGCCAGACUGCCACGUGGUGCAGUACCGCAUAGUGCUGGGCAACAAGGCGGCUGCCGCCGACCUCAGCCAGCCGCCACACGCAGGGCACGAACCAAACUUGGAGGAGUUCCUGAACACUUUGUACCGCGGCGCGCCGCCCGCGCCUGAGCCCGACAAGCGGCGCCGCGCGCGUAAACCUAAGCAGUAAAACCGUUACUAUACCGGGUAGGGACAGAAUACCGCUUGCUAUAUCGCUUACACCGGGUUUCCACUAUUCCCACCGGCAGAUCUCCCGGUCCGGUAAAAUCGCCGGAAGGCCUAGCGGCGGUACAAAUUGUAUGAAGCUGUUCACAUUAUCCCGGAUCCGGCUUUUUCGCCGAGCCCGGCAUUUUUACCGAGCGUU